UGUAGUUAAUUUGUAUUGACCCGAAUUCGACUUUUUUUAUUUAUAUAUUUUUAAUGACUUGUCAGUUUUGUUCGUAUAUCAGGUUUAAUAUCACUCACGCUUUCUAAAUAUAAACUCCUAAAAUUGUAGUAACAACAAUAAUUGAUGUACAGUACAGUACUUUUUUAAGGGACCAAUAAUGGCUACUUUGUUGGCAGUUUUGCUAAUUAUCAUUCCUGGAAGUUAUCCUUUUACUUUUAAUCCAGAAAAUUUAUUUCAUUCAAUAUGGAACAGAAAUAUUUUAAAUCAUAAAAUUCAAAAGGUAAUGAAUACAGAGAAGAGUAAGCAACUUGAUCUACAUUCAUUAGGAUUAUCUGACAAGAAACAUGGAGUGAAAAUGGGAAUAACCAAUGAGAACUGUGAUAAUGCCAUAGACAAUUUACAUAUGGAUUGGGAUGGAUCACCAGUUAAUUAUACUUGCUAUACUCCAAAGAAUCCUUUACCUAUAUUACAAGGAAUUGAAUCUAUUGAAGAAUGUGAAGAAAUACCAGAUAAUUAUAUUGCAAAGCAUUUUUGUAUGACAGAUAAGAUAUAUUAUAAUAAAGAUAUACCAACUUAUGGUUAUCACCGUCCAUUAUGGCCUGUUUUUGGAGAAUAUAAAUUUGUACCACCUCAACGAUGGCUUCAUAAUCUUGAACAUGGUGCCAUUGUGAUGCUGUAUCAUCCAUGUACUCAUCCAUUUAUAGUUAAUGAGCUUCAAAGUAUAGUGAAAGAUUGUAUUAGGAAGCAUAUUAUUUCAGCAAGCAACAAUCUUCCAUUAGAAAGGCCCCUGACACUACUUUCUUGGGGAUGUCGACUCUCAAUGAAUCAUGUAAAUCCUGAAACAGUGAUAUCAUUUAUAAAGAGGCAUGCAUUACAUGCUCCAGAAGGGAAAUUAUCCAAAGAGGGUCAGUAUAAUUUAACUCUACUUAGCAAAGCAGUUCCUCCACUCGGAUCGGACAUAGACGACUCUGUUAUAUGUCCUGGAUAUGUAUAAUGUUUCCUCUUAAAGAUGCCAAAAUUUAUAUUUUAUAUGUCGCUCAGAAAUUGCUUUAAAAAUUAUUUUAGUUAUGACAUAUAUGACAAAAAUAUUGCUGCCUAACCAGAUAUGUUUUGUAAUUAAACAUAUUAAUUUUUCUAAAACUUUAUAUCUUAAACAACUAAUUAUGUUUCCAAAUAUGAAAUAUUUGUGAAACUUUUUUUAGAUUCUAACAUUUAAAACAUUACUGUAUAUUUAUUUAUUUAUUUAAAAUAUAUUUAUGAAGUUGUUAAGUUGUAAAGUAUAAAGAAUAACUUCCAUACUUUACAAAUUUUAGACUGUUAUAAAAUAAGACAAAAAAGUUAUAUUUUAUAAGAACAGAAAUAAGUUAUUACUUCAAAAAAUUUUUAAGACAAUAAUUAAUAUAAAUAGAUAAAUUAUUUGAUUGCAUUAGUUAAAAGGUUCUGUUUAAAUGAAAUUAAAGCUGAUGUUUUCUACAUUGUAUUCAUUUCUAAAGUAGUAAAUCCUCAAUUUAACAUAUUCUUAGAAAGAAAGGAUGAAAAGCCAAAUGUCUACCACUUGUAAAAAUAUGUUUAAAGCUCCACAGAAAAAUUCCAAUUUAUAUUUUCUAUAAUUUUUUAAAUUGCUCCAAUGCAUACUGUCCAUUUUAUACAUAAAUUUUUAUGCUUGAUAGAGAUUAUUGUCAUCGUUAUUUAUAUUGAAGCAUACUUUAUCUUAAGCUAUCCUUAUUUGAAAUUGCUGUUAAUAAUAAAAUAAUUCCACAAAUAGCUGUUAACAACAUACUCCCUCCAAACAAUUAUAUAUUCCUAUUAAAAUUCAACAAACUAAAUUUUGAACAAUGCCAGGUAAAGUUAAUAAUGAAUGGAAACUCUCUCAGAGUACUAUAAAUUAAAUGCUUGUUAUCAGCCAAUUUCAUUUGAAUUGAUAUGACCCUUUACAGUACAUAAUGUAAAUAACCUCUCUGACCAACAUAAAAAUUCUAGUGCUAACUUGGUUAUAAUAAGCAGUAAAGAUAUCUAAAUUUCUGCACCUGCAAAAUAGAGAGAGAGCUUCCAUUCCUUUACUGACUUUUUCCCAACAGUGCUUUAACACCAAAAUGGCAGGUAUUCAAUAAUUAACUUUAACUGAAUCAACUACACUGCAACUUACUUUACAAAAUUUGUGCAGUAUAUACAAUAUUAUAUUACUUCACUUACAUGCAGGGAUAAUGAUGCGAAUUUUGAGUCUCUAGCCAUUGACACUGUUUCAUUACAUGUAAAAUAAUAUACGUAAAAUAAUUUUCUUUGUAUUUUAAAAAUUUAUCUUCUCAAAUUGGUUUUUAAAAUUUUAUAGACAGUUUUUUUUUUCUCAUGUAUUAUCACUGUUUAGUCAACUUUUGCAAUUGUAUCCAACCAAGUCCAAAACAUGCAUAGUCCAGUUUGGGAAAAUCUGUCCAUUUUCAGAUUUGAGAUUUGCCAGAUUGAGAUUCAUUAAAUUGAGGACUUCAAGUACAAGAGAACACACAUCGCAUUUUUAUAAAAAUGCAAUAUAUUAUUAGUUUAAUUUUGUUAAAAGCUUAUGCAAAUAUGUUUUAAGUUUUCAGCUAUACACAUUCCUAAUUAAAAACACGAUGUGCAGUUUACUAUUGAUAAUACAUAUGAUGCUAGUACUAGUGCCCAUACGAGAUUUAGUUACAGAAAUUAUAUGAAUUCAAAUGCAGUUUAAUGAAAUGUAACUGUUACUUUUCAUUACUAUUUACAGUUGAGAUGCUAUAAAAGUCUACCUAUAUAAACUGAAAAUACUCAACAGUGUAUUUAUUAACUUAAUAAAGUGUAGACUCAGUAUGAGUAAAUUGCACAUAUCAUAGAACAAAUGAAAUAUUUGAUUUUUACAUGUAAAAGUUUCCUAUAUUUAAAAUGUAAACAAGUUAAAAAUGCAAAAACAGACAAUUUAGGCAUUUAUCUCUAUUCUUUGAUGUAAACCCAGUCUUUUAAGGCAGUCAAGUUAUAUCAUGAUUUAUCAAAGAAUCAAAUCCUUGGUGGCAGGAUGCAUUUUUCUACUGCCAACACAGAUUCUACCACUAUAAAAGUACAACAGAUAUAAGGCGACUGUUAAACUAGACAGACUGUACCAAUAUCUGCUCCAUGUGUCUGUACUAAUUUGUUUACAUACAAAAUAAAAAGAAAAUAGGAAAUUUUAGCUUCUGUAAUUAUAAAAAAAGGCAAAUAGAUUAGCUGAACUAAAUAGAUUAAGUAGUUUUAAAUUGUAUUAGUAAAUAAAACUUUCUUCCACAUUUUACAAAAGUUACUAUUAACAAUGAUAAUGGCCGCAUGGCCAAAUUGAUUAAGGUGCUUGGAGAGAUCCA